UAAGCUUUAAAAAAGCUUCAAACUUUCUCUGAUUUUCAACAACCCCAUUUUCAAACCAACCAAGAUUUUCCAUUUCAAUGGCGAAAAACCAUCUGGGUCUCUCUCAAUUCCCUCAUUCUUCAUCAAUGGACCACUCUUCAUCUUCUACAUCCAUCAUCACUAGUUCUACACCCUUCUUAGAAACUCCAAAACAUCCUUCACCUAAACCACACAAAAAAACCAUAGUAACAACCUUAAGGGAAGCUGCAAACUUCACUUCCUCUUCCUUCAAAGAAGAUACCUAUUUUGUUUCCAGCCUCAAAUCCUCGGAGAAGAAAGCAUUACAAGAGUUGAAGAAGAAGCUCUCAGCUUCAAAGGAAAUCAACAAAAGCAAUGCUUCCAUGUGGGGUGUUUCCUUGAUCAAUGGCCAUGAUGCUGCUUCUGCUGAUGUGAUUCUCUUGAAGUUUCUUAGAGCUAGAGACUUUAGAGUCAGUGAUGCUUACACCAUGCUUGUGAGGUGUCUUGCAUGGAGAAAAGAGUUUGGUGCUGAGAAUAUUCUCGAUGAGGAACUGGGAUUCAAGGAGCUUGAAGAUGUUGUGACUUACACUCAUGGUUAUGAUAGAAAAGGACAUCCUGUGUGUUACAAUCAUUAUGUUGUGUUUAAGGAUAAGGAUUUGUAUGAGAGGAUUUUUGGUGAUGGAGAGAAGCUGAAGAGGUUUUUGAGAUGGAGGGUUCAGGUUCUUGAGAGAGGAAUCAAGCUCUUGGAUUUUAAGCCUGGUGGUGUUAACUCUUUGAUUCAGGUUACUGAUCUUAAGGACAUGCCUAGGAAAGAACUUAGGACUGUUUCUAAUGAGAUUCUCACAUUGUUUCAAGAUAAUUAUCCUGAAAUGGUUGCUCAUAAGAUAUUCAUCAAUGUGCCAUGGUAUUUUAGCAUGUUGUAUGCAAUUUACUGUCCAUUUCUGACUCAAAGAACUAAGAGCAAGUUUGUGAUAUCUAAGGAAGGAAAUGCAACAGAAACACUCUACAAAUUCAUAAGGCCUGAGAAUAUUCCUGUACAAUAUGGAGGAUUGAGUCGACCUAGUGAUUUUCGAAAUGGUCCUCCAAAACCAGCUUCUGAGUUCACUGUUAAAGGUGGAGAGAAAGUGAACAUACAAAUAGAAGGAAUUGAGAGUGGUGCAACAAUCAAGUGGGAGAUUGUGGUUGGAGGCUGGGAAGUACAAUACAGUGCUGAAUUUGUGCCAAAUGCAGAAAGAAGCUACACUAUAGCAGUUGAUAAGGCAAGGAAAGUUGAAGCAUCAGAGGAAGUAAUUGAGAGUUCAUUUACAUCAAAAGAAGGGGGCAUAAUAGUACUCACAGUUGAUAACUCUGGUUCAAGGAAGAAAAAAGUUGGUGCUUAUCGGUAUGUUGUCCCCAAAUGCAACAACAAUAAUACAGCUUCUGAUAAUAUGCAAUUAAUUGUGUAUGAGUAAAGAAGGAAAAGUAAUUAGCUUUGGCGUAUUGAGAUGAGUUUUGUCAGAGGGUAUUGUCAUUAUUGACAUGUGUAUGUGUGUGUGAAAGUACGAGUGAAAUGAGUGGAUAUAGACAAUGGUUAUUGGUUAUUGGAGUUACAUGCUCUUGAAGGAUUUUGAUUUGAUGUAUGUUGCAUGUAGUCAUGCAGAUAAUAAUCCAAUGGUUACGAUGGUUCUUUUGUUUUAAUUGUAAUUUUAUUUCUUUAGAAAAAUAAAGUGAUGACAUGUUAGA